CGAGCAGCCGUCCUUCCUUCAAGAACACUCUGCGAUGGAUAUAGCUGACUUGACACCGCUGCUUGAGCAGCUAGAAGAUAAUGUCGAAGAUCUUGAAGAACUUAUACAGCCCUUGUUUGGCCGUGUGCUCUCAGAGACGUCCAAGAAAUUGCCGGUUUUAGACAAGGCAAAGCUCCAAGUUUUGAUAACAUAUACUUUGGAGUCCCUGAUUUUUUCUUAUCUACGUCUCCAGGGCGUCAAUGCCAAGGAGCAUCCAGUCUUUAGAGAAUUGACCAGAGUGAGACAGUACUUCGAGAAAAUCAAAAACCUGGAAACAGAGCCAGAAAAGAGGACCUUGACCUUGGACAAGCAGGCAGCUGGUCGUUUUAUCAAACAUGGACUGGCCGGAAACAAUAGAAUCGACUUCGAACGUGCCGAGCGGGAAGCAAAGGAAAAGGCUGUUGCUCAGUUGAAGGCAAAUAUGGUAGCUAAGAGAAUUGCGGAUUCCCAAAAAACUACGCCAGCCUCCAAGUCUCGUUCGGGUUCGAGUGCCAAUUCUGACCUCGAAUCUGAUGCUAGCGAGGUCGAUGAAGGUGACAAUUCUAUGGCUUUAGAUUCUCGCCCAGCUGAAGAACUGAAAGAAUCAGAUUCAGCUCACAAGUCAGACAAGAUGGCAGCCAAGGUCGCUGCUAGACAGCCAAAAAGGCUCAGCAAAGAAAACCGAAAGAAAGUGAAAGAUGAAAGACGGAAGAAGAAACAAGAGAUGCGGAAAUCCAAGGCCAAAAAAUCAUGAAGACAGAGAUCGAACAUCAAGUCAUUCCUCAACCGUGGUUGACUGGUUCUGAUACUCUUUGAAGUUAUCAUCUAAGAACAGCAUCAUGCGAGCCUUUUCCAGCGUCGAUACCGAUUUCAGGGCAGAAUAAACUUCUACACCUGAAUUCUGCUCCUCGUCAAUCGAGCUCCUAGGCAGUUGCCGGUCUAUUCUGAUACCCCCUCUGUUUGACAUAAGCUUGAUUUGAACAAAUCCCGCAAUGGGAUCUUUUGUUACCAAGUUUUCUUUACACUUUGCAGCGUGAAGAAUAUAAUGAAUAAAUCUAAUGCCCUCAUGUAUUCGAAAAUUUUCAUAUGUUUUUGAAUCCGCAACAGGAAGACUCUGUAGAGUAAGAAGCUUGGAGAAACAAAAGGAAGCAACCCGUAAUACCCUUCAACACGGCCAAGUCCCCUUGAAUUCACAGCCUUAGUGACUCAUUGCGCGGAG